GACUGCUUCUGCUCAUCAACCUUCAUUCAUCAGAUUCUUCAAUUCUUCUCUCUCUCUUCCACACUGUAGUUUAUGAGGUUGUUGUUUUUGGAGUUCUGUGGUAACAUAAAGUACAAGUGACUGUCUCAGGGUUGCCUCUUUUGGAAUUUUUUUUUGUGUUUUUUUGUUUUACUUUGUAUGAACUGGCCUAUAAAUGGAUUUGAUGAUCAAUAGGGAACAAUAGCAAAUCAGUGAAGAGGAGAUGAAAGAGGAGUCAGUUGGACUAAUUAUUGGGGUUUCCAUAGGUGUGGUUAUUGGACUAGUUUUGGCAAUUUUUGCAUUCUUCUGCCACCGAUACCAUCGGAAGCGAUCACAGAUAGGCAAUAGCAGUUCUAGAAGGGCUGCUACCAUACCUAUUCGCACAAAUGGUGCUGAUUCGUGCACCAUUCUUUCAGACUCAACCUUAGGUCCAGAAUCACCCAUAAAGUCAGAUAGACAUGGCAUGCCCUUUUGGCUUGAUGGGUUUAAGAAGAGUAGUAGUAGCAUGAUCCCAGCAUCUGGACUACCUGAAUAUGCAUACAAGGAUUUGCAGAAGGCAACACAUAACUUCACCACAGUCAUUGGAGAAGGCGCAUUUGGUCCUGUUUAUAAAGCUCAGAUGUCUACCGGUGAGACUGUUGCAGUUAAAGUUCUUGCAACUAAUUCUAAGCAAGGGGAGAAAGAAUUUAACACAGAGGUCAUGUUGUUGGGAAGGUUACACCAUAGAAAUCUGGUGAAUUUGGUUGGAUAUUGUGCAGAAAAGGGGAAACAUAUGCUUGUAUAUGUAUACAUGAGUAACGGUAGCUUGGCAUCCCACUUGUAUAGUGAUGUGAAUGAAGCACUGUCCUGGGAUUUGAGGGUUCCCAUAGCUUUAGAUGUGGCAAGAGGCUUGGAAUAUCUUCAUAAUGGGGCAGUUCCUCCUGUAAUCCAUCGAGAUAUCAAAUCUUCCAAUAUUCUGUUGGAUCAAUCCAUGAGAGCCAGGGUUGCUGAUUUUGGACUUUCAAGAGAAGAGAUGGUGGAUAAACAUGCAGCUAUUCGGGGUACCUUUGGCUAUCUUGACCCCGAGUAUAUAUCUUCCGGAACAUUCACUAAGAAAAGUGAUGUAUACAGUUUUGGGGUGUUGCUCUUUGAAAUUAUAGCUGGCAGGAAUCCUCAGCAGGGUCUUAUGGAAUACGUUGAGCUUGCAGCAAUGAACACUGAGGGAAAAGUUGGGUGGGAGGAAAUCGUGGAUUCUCGCCUUCAAGGAAACUUUGAUGUCAAGGAACUCAAUGAAAUGGCAGCACUUGCCUACAAAUGCAUCAACCGUGCCCCAAGUAAACGUCCUUCUAUGAGGGACAUAGUGCAAGUGUUAACAAGGAUACUUAAAUCAAGGAACCAUGGGAGUCAUCACAAAAAUUCCUUGUCAGCCACAGAUGAAGUUUUCAUUGACACUGAUCAGCUAGAGAACAAGAUUUCUGUUACUGACCACAGGAGAGAAGAGUCUUUGGAUAGUGUAGCAGAGGUGUAUGAAGUGUAGAAUAUGGUUUUAACUUAACCUUUUUUUUUGUUACAUUUCAUUUUUUGAUAUUGGCUUUGGAUGUACAUGGUUGUAGAUUUGGUUUGUAUACUGUUUUGUAAAAUGUUCCGUCCAUUUUUUUGAUAUUCCCUUAGUUAUAUUGUCUUGCUGAAAUGAUAUUUCAAAAUUUGUAUUGUCACAGGUAUAUCAGGAACUAAUUUGGUUUGUGA